GGCUAUUUUGCAGAUAGACGAUACCAAACCAAAUCCUUUAAUGUAAAUUCCACUAUCGGUUACUUCGGCUUAACAAAAAACUUGAUAAGAAUCAAUCAAAAAAAUUCUCAACUCUCCAUCGAAGCAAAGAACACAGUGGUAGUUAGACCGUGCUGCUGUAUACAUGACCGAGUUACUUCGACGAUGUCCUCAAACGAAGAAUUUAUAAGAAAAAAUAAAGUGGUAAUAAUUGACGACGACAAAAACACAAAGCUUCAUUAUGCUGCCGCUUUGGGUAAUUUGGAGGAAAUUGAUAAAAUAAUUGCAAGUAAGCAAAAACUGGACCCAGAAAAUUAUCUAGGAUGGACACCGCUGAUGAUGGCUAUUCGAAAUGCAAACGCUUUAGCUGUGGACACAUUAUUAAUCAAGGGAGCUGAUGCCACUAAGAAAAAUAAAUUUGGUAUCAACGCAUUUUUAAUCAGUGUGACAUGUGGCGAUAUCGUAGUUGUGGAAAAACUUUUAAACCAUUUGCUCACUGGGGGCGUUUCAAGGCAGUCUUUGCAGAGGUUGUUUUCGCCAGUGUCUUUAGCGAUUUUGUAUGGGCACAACCAUAUUUUUAAAUAUUUACUGGAGCGAUCUUUUGAUCCGAAUGCAGCGGCACCAUUGACAGGUAUCACACCAUUAAUGUUCGCUGCAGCUUUGGGAAAAGAAAAGUUAAUCACCAAACUGCUGAAUUUUAAGGCCAACAUUCAUAAAAAAAAUCACUUAGGAAAGACUGCUGUCGAUAUUGCACAUACACGACAUAACAGCGUCGAGACCAACUUUGACAAAACCAAAGCAAGACCACAACCUUUGAUUAUUAUAACUUCUCACAAUCAGAACAGUCCCCAUUUACAACUAACUCCAUAUCCGGAGGCUAUGGGUAGGAAAUCGUCCAAUACGCGAACUCCAAGCAUGGUCUGCACACCAAGGAUCACGCCGAUUACUCCACAGUUUAUGCCACAAAUGUUUUUCGGCUCGAAUUUUACUCCAUCGCAAUUUAUUAGUCCUGGUCCUCCUAUGGCUUACCACUCUUUUUUAAAUGCGGCCGUCACACCUUCGAAUUUUGUCUCGCCGUUGCCAUCGCCGCAAAUAUGCUAUCCUAAUUAUGUUUAA